CGAACAUGGUUGAAUUUUAUCACUAUUUCUUUGGACAUAAUAUAUUGUUUACAUGCAUGGAAUGGUGGUUACAUGUGUGCACAUAAAUGUCUCAUUAGUGGUUAUUUAAUUAAAAACAAAUAUGUGUAUCGUUUGCAUGAAAAGGGUCAAUUUUGGCAGUAUUGGAAUAUGCUAUAUGAGCAUAUAUUCUUGAUUAAAUGUCGAACAAUUUGAGUGGUCUUUAGGUGAAAAAUUCGUCAAGUUAUAAAGAUUCAAAGUUAGAAGUGCGUCAAAAACCUAAUUUAGAGAAAAACGAGUUUAAAAUUCAAAUCAACGAUUAGUUCGGAUGUUAGUUAAAAAUAAGAUAUAAUAAUUUUGCACGCGAAAAAUGCAUUUAGUAUAGAUAAGUUAAUAAUGAAUUUUUAAAAUUAUAUUUCCAACUCUUUUCUUAAUAUAAGUUUUAACGUCAAAGAUAAAAGUACCGACAUACUACAUAAAAUUUAUUUUAUUAUAGUGCAUAGUUGUGAAAAUCUUUUUGUAUUUUAGUUUUUACUUUUUUAAAGAAAAACGAUUAAAGAAUCAUGAAUUCGUUUGAAAGAGAUCCAAAGAAGAGAAGAGUCAAGCCAGUUGAAUCUGCACAUCAAUCAUUGUUAGAUUUUGAUUUGGGCGAGAGUUCAGAUGACAGUGAUUUUCGAAUAGAGGAUCAUUGUGAAGAGUCAGAUGACGAUUCUGUAGAUUCGAAUGAUGGUGUCAAAGGUGGUGAAGAUGAUUCCGAGGAAUCAGAUGAUUCAUUGGAAGAUCCUUUAUUGGGAAAGAAUAGUACCGGGAUGACUGUUGGAGAUGUUAUUGAACAAGCUCGUCAGCAAGCAGUUAAAGGUGGUCCAAUUGAUGAGAAACUAGCAAAAAUGCUCAUAUGUUGCGGUUGCCUUGGCGAUCGUAGUGACGAUAUCAAUGAAAUUGUUGAAUGCGACGGAUGUGGAAUAACUGUUCAUGAAGGUUGCUAUGGAGUAUCGGACGUGGAAAGUUUCUCGAGUACAGAUUCACUAUCUCAAUCGGCGCCCUGGUUUUGCGAGGCUUGCAGUGCUGGGAUCGAUGAUCCAUCAUGUGAAUUGUGUCCAAAUAAAGGUGGCAUCUUUAAAGAGACCGAUGUCGGAAAGUGGGUGCAUUUAGUUUGUGCAUUGUACGUUCCUGGUGUUGCGUUUGGUGAAGUCGAUCGGUUAGCGAGUGUCACACUUUUUGAAAUGGCCUACAGUAAAUGGGGAGCUAAGCAGUGUUCUCUGUGUGAGGAUUCACGAUUCGCUCGCACUGGCGUUUGCAUUGAAUGCGACGCUGGAAUGUGUCACACUUACUUCCACGUUACUUGUGCUCAAAGAGAAGGUCUUCUAUCGGAGGCACAUAGCGAGGAAGUUGACCAGGCAGAUCCAUUCUAUGCUCAUUGUAAAUUACACUCAGACAAAACACUUGUGCGUAGAAGACGACGCAACUGGCUUGCAUUACAAUUACGUGCUCAACAUCGUUAUCAAUUAUUGAAGCAACCCGAACAUCAGGACUCUGAAGAGCAACGUAGAAUUCAACGAAAAUUAGCGAAACAUCGACACAAGUAUUUGGCACACAAAACUUCAAGACCUUCCGCCUGGGUUCCAACUCAAAAAAUGCCCCGACUGUUAACAACAUCUGCCUCUGCCUGUCGACAAUUAACACGAAAAGCUGAAUUAAUGGGAGUCGAUACGAGUGCAUUGGAAGCACAAGAAGCUCAAUUGGUUGCAUUAGUUGAUAUAAGAAAAAAAUGGCACAUUCCGCCUGCUUUUAGUGUCGAAUUCAUUGGGUACUAUUUGGAUAGAAAUUUACGUGUCACUUCCAUGAAAAGAAGACUGGAGGAAUUACUUGACAUUAAUAGUCAACUCCUCAACGAGCAACAGUCGCUCGACAAAAAAUACGAUCAAGUUAUGAAGGAAAAUGAAGAACAAGUUAAGAAUAAUGUUUCAUUAAAGGAAAAAAUUGAAAUGUAUCAUCGAAUUUUAAGAACAGCUGGUUAUCUUAAACCGCUACCAAUAGUGUCCGAUAUUGCAAAACCGAGAGCCCCACCAACUCUAGGUGUGCCAACGGCAGCUGCUUUAAAAAUGGGCGUUGGUUUUCCACUUCCGGUUGGAAAGGGUGAUGGUGGCCGGGAGGGAAGAGUACUUAGUAGUCAAGCUCAGGAUCAGAAUCACAAAGGAGAAUUAACUCUAAGACAUCAGUGUGGAAUUUGUAGAAGAUCAACUAAUCAACAUCUUCUAGCAAAAUGCGACACAUGUCAUCUUCAUUAUCAUCUCUCUUGUCUCAGUCCACCAUUGUCACGGAUGCCGAAGAAAACUAAACUAAUGGGCUGGCAAUGCUCGGAAUGUGAUAAAGAAUCCUCAGGUUCGGAAAUUGAACGCGUUGAUACUUCCGCUCCACGAAAAUUGCGACAUUGCAAAGAUGAAAAUCAUAUAGCUCCACUUCAAGAUUUAACAUCCUCCUUUGUACAGACUCCGACAACUUCUAAAAGUUUUGAAAAUAAUAUUGAUAACACUCCAGAGACUCCCACUGCUCCGAAGUUAACUAUCAAACAAAUGAAUCUUUAUCCAUUGGUGGAGCCGAUGCAGGUUGAUGAAGUUAAUUACAAUCACCAGAUUAAUAAUAUAACGGCGAGAGAAGGUUCACCCGAGUACAUGGUUGCUUCAGCUGAUGGCACUGAAUCGGUUUCUCAGCGAAGCUUGAAAAAGCGAAGAAGAGAAAAACAUAAACGAUAUACACCUGAUCCGAUAACUGGAAUUAAGCAAAGAAAACGGAAGCACAAAAGAAAGAGUUUAGAUAUCGAAAAUCCAGAAGGGCAUCCAGGACAUCCGGAAAUUCAUAGAAGAAUAACAAUUAAGAUAAAACCAAUACCACGACCAGACGGAGAUAUUGCUUCGGAUUCGAGCCCACAAAUGUUUAUUGCAACGUCAACAAGCACUGAAUUUACGCCGAAACCACCAUCACCAAAAUUUCCUGCUCCUUUGCCGCCUCCUCCUCAGAUUGUGACGUCAACACCUGUCAAUACAACUGGCGCUACUGGAAGAUAUUCAGGAAUGAAUAGAAAAAUAAAGGAAGCUGAUCUUCUUACUCAAUGUAAUGUCUGCAGCAAUCCUGGAACAACUCAAAAUUUAGUUAUGUGUGAUGAAUGCAAGAAAUGUUAUCAUUUCACUUGUUUGGAUCCCCCGGUGAAAAAAUCACCAAAACGUCGAGGAUAUUCUUGGCACUGCGCUGAUUGUGAUCCGAGCGCAUCUGAAUCCGAGAAUUAGAAAAAUAAUAAAUUAUUCAUCUUACAACUAUUUAAUCGACUAAUGUGUAAGAUUUAUGUUUGAAGAUGUCAAUCGAAUACAAUUGGUAAGAAGUUUUAGAAUUUCUUACAAAUAAGAAAAAUGAUUAAAUGAAAUUACGACAUAGUCGAAAGCAAUUUUUUCAGUGAUUCAUCUCUACAUUAUUUUUGUAGUAACACACUAGACUUAAUGCAAUUUUCUAAUUAUCGAAAUUACUUCGUUCAUGCGUUUAAUUUAGUAUAUUUUUAACAUAUAAUAUACAAGUAUCUUUGUGUAAGUUUUUUUGUAGAUCUAUUCUCAAUAAAUUGAUUUACAAAAA